UGUUAUCGUCUUAACGUUCCGGGGCCCGUAUAUGCAUCUGUUUUGAUUGGUAAUCAAUCGGAGUCACGGAGCAUAGCACCGCAUCGCUGUGAUUUUUUACUCGAUGUUCCAGUCAACUCAGUAACAAUCCACGAGUCCAGUCACCAGUAACAAUGUGCGCAUUUUGAGCCCAGUGAUGGAAGAAGCCGUGCCUUUUAGCAUCGUGUCCACCGUCAAAGCGCUGAGCAGUGCGCUGCGGGGAGACGCGGAACAUGAAGCUGAGAUCAGCCGGGAGCGAGAGAAGCUUUGGUUCAAGGAGAGCAGCGCCAAAAACCUGAGAAAUCGGGACUUCUUGUCUCCCAAUACGGUUCUCACGACGUUGUACGCCGGUGGAGAGGUUCCCUCUGAGGUUCUCAGUGGUAUUCACUCUCUUCGGGGAAUUGGUGUGCUGCCAAUAGGAGCUAGUGAAGUGACCGUGGAAGGGUUACGCGUGCGUGUGGAUCGCUGUGCAGCUUUCAGAGGGGUUCUGUGUGGAAUAAUGCCAUACCUAAAACCUGUUGCUCAGAGACAGGGCUGUGUUCUCAUCAACUGCCCCGCCCUUCACACCAAACAAGCCACACCCUCUCCUAAUACACUAGCAUUGGGGCAACUCCGAACCGUUCUAAUUGCCGACCACCUCGGGGCACAGCUUAGAAGACAAGGGUACACUGUGUCCUUUUGCCCAGCCUUGCCACUGGAGAGUGAGAUUGUUAACUUUCUGAAAACACUUGGCAUCGAUUGGCCAACGGUUCCUGUCAGCUGGACCAAUGAGGACAGGGAGGAGAAGAUGAAAAAAGCUCUAGAGAACUCUACCUACAGAGACAGAGAGAUGGAUAGAGGAAAGAGGAGAAGCAGAGGAGAAGAUAUAGAGGAAGAGAAGAGAGGGAUUAAAGAGGAGGUUAGGAUAAACCUUACACAAGUGGUACAGGACGACAAUCUCCAGGGUUAUGAUCCUAGUCUUGGCACAUGCACAGUGCAGAGAGAAGCAAUGUGUCACCUCGCCCAGCUGGACAGUGCUUCCGCGAAUUUCCCUGUCUCCACCGCAACAUUCCUGCAUGUCACUUCCUGUCAGGAUGAGUUUCGUCAGCAGCAAACAGCCAUACUGUGGAGAGCAACAGGCGCAACAGCAGUGCAGAGAAUGGUCAUUUGUGGUCCUGUUAAAACUCCUGGGGUUCAGAUGAAUGCAGCUCAGUAUCUUCAAUUAAGAAAAGCUCAGAUGAAAGAAGCAUCAGAAAUGAAGUAUGGAGACCAAGUUGAAGGUCAGACAUGGGAUGACAUCAUCAGAGUCAUGACAUCUGCCAUUGUUAGAUUUGAGCUACUGUCCACAGUACACACAAGUCCGGUCACUUUAGAUGUGCAGCGGGACAGCGGCGUGUCCACAAAGGGCCCCAGGGGUGGGGUCUUUGUCAUGUAUAACUGCGCUCGUCUUCACACACUUUUUAGCAGCUACGAGAAAGGGGUGGAGCAAGGUCUUUAUCCUGAAAUCCCUGCAGGCACUGAUUUGGACUUUUCUGCCCUUAAAGAGGAGGGGGAGUGGCUUCUACUCUUCAAUUACCUCAUUCCAUUCUCUGAACUGCUGGACCAAUCAGGACAGAUCCUGGAGCAUGAAGGGGGUGGAGCCAGAGUUAAUUUAAAAACUGAACAGGUGUGCAGAUUCUUGGUGUCUCUCAGUAAAGAUUUUAGCUCCUAUUACAACAGAGUUCAUGUCCUUGGGGAGCCUCUGCCUCAUCUCUUUAAUCAGAUGUUUUGUCGUUUACUAUUGCUGAGAGCAUUAAGAGAACUUUACCACAGUGCCCUGGACUCCCUUAACCUGCCCCCAAUUCCCCAGCUAUAGCAUUUACACUGCAGACUCUAUAUUAUAUUCAAAAACCCUCAUCCCUGCAAACCUUAACAGCAAGCACUGCAAUUCUCUUUAGUUUUUACUCCUUAAAUAACCUUCUCAUACCCAUAAUUGCCUGACCAUCUCAGAGUUUAAACCCAAAUGUUGCCCCCAACAAGGACUGUUUUGCCACUGGAAUACCCUACACAAAAGGCAGAACAGAACAAAUACUGCACACAUGCUCAGAUGCCCCACUCAGUCUAUAUCCCUAACUAAUGUGCAAUGCAUCUUUUAGCUUUUACACAAUUAAUUCAAUUACCUCAAACUUCCUACAAGUCUGUAAUUUGCCACUAGACAUUUCAACAAGGAAAAUGCUUUUAUUCACAGUCAAUCUGAAAACUAAAUGGCAAAAAAUUAUAGUAAAAACCAUUAUUUUAUUAGUCCAAGUGCGUAAUCUGCACUCUAUUGUACCAUAGUCAUAGAUUCUGCCGUCCUGCAUGACACUGUCUUCAAUUUAAGAAUCUUUAAUCAUUAUAACUGCUCCACUCUGAUUUAAUCAGCACCUCCCUUUUAUUAAACUGUAAACAUAAAAGUUACUACAGGUGCAUCUCAAUAAAUUAGAAUGUCGUGGAAAAGUUUAUUUAU